CCGUCGCCGGAGAGGGAGGAAGAGCGGGACGCUGCCCGCCGGCUAGAUGAGGGAGGUGGUGCUCCACGUGUACGACGUGACCAACAGCGACUCCGACAAGACCAACAACACCAUCCUCCAGAUCAACCGCAUCUUCAAGGAUCGCAUCGGCCUCGGCGGCAUCUUCCACAGCGCCGUUCAGGUCUAUGGCGAGGAGGAGUGGUCGUUCGGGUUCUGCGAGAACGGCAGCGGGGUGUUCAACUGCCCCGUCAGCAAGAACCCCAUGUACACCUACCGCGAGCGCAUCGUCCUCGGCGAGACGAACUGCACCGUCGCCACCGUGAACCGGAUCCUGCGGGAGCUCAGCCGCGAGUGGCCGGGGAGCUCCUACGACCUCCUCUCCAGGAACUGCAACCAUUUCUGCGACGUGCUCUGCGAGAGGCUCGGCGCCCCCAAGCUCCCCGGCUGGGUUAAUCGUUUUGCCAAUGCCGGUGAUACUGCUGUGGUGGUUGCUGAGAAUACAGCAGUUAAGUUCCGGCAGGCUAAAACAGAAAUCGUCAAUGCUAGUAGAGUAGCGUAUAGAUUUAUGGCAGGCCUGACUUCAAAAAACCAAGCUUCGCCAGAGUCCCCAGGUGACCAAAACAGAGGCAGCCCCACUUUCCAGGGAACAUGGCUCAAGAAUGUUGUAUCAGCUGGUGCAAAACCAUCUUCGAGUGGGUCAACUCCUUCACAAGAAGCUGAUGAUGCACCCCCGUUGCAGCGCCAAAAAUCAGCAGACCAAUCGACAAGGUUGUAGCCGCUGUGUCAGCAGGCCUAUCAUCUGUCUGUGUUGAAUCUGUAGUGUAACAGUAGACAACAUUUGUUCAAAAACAUUGUCAUGUUUAUUUAUACAUGAAUCUGUGUGUCCCUAUCUUGCAGUUGAAGACAUGAUGAAAUGUUGAAAACGCUCAUCUGAUUCACAAGUUCA